AUGGCUAGGAAAAGGACAAUAGAUACUCAAUCUAUGAUGUGCGAAGGACCGGGAAAGAAGACUGGUAGGGAAGCAUUCAUGAAGGGGAUAGUUAUUGAUUUUGCUGGGACGAGAUAUUUCAAAAUGGUUUGGUACAAGAAGAAGCAGAUUCUCGAGGAUUUGAUGAUUAUUGGAGGCUUGGAGCAAAUGGCCAAAGGAAUUCAGUUUCAAGUUGUUGAUUCAGAUGGUUUUAAUCUCUUUUGGAGGGGGAUUGAGCUAACUUCACCAGCAAUGGCAACAGCCAUGCCGAACCUUGCUCCAGGGCUUAUUUUCAUCAUUGCUUGGUCAUUGAGGUUAGAGAAAGUUAAGCUAAGUUGCGUAUACAGCAAAGUCAAGAUUGUAGGCACAUUGUUAUGUGUUGUAGGUGCCAUCAUAAUGAGUCUAAUGAGCAGCACUGAAUCAGCAAAAGAGUCAAAGUUCUCAAGCACUACUCCCGCAGCAGAUAUGGCUGCCACUUUGGGUGAUUUUCCUGCUCCAAUGUCCCUAUGUGCCAUAACAUCAUUGAUUGGUGUGGUGAUAACUGCAAUUGUUGAGUUGAUUCAAAACCACAAAGUGGACAUUGGUUGGCCCCUAAUGAAACUUGGGGACCUCGUUUGCUAUUCUGUACUGGGAGGUGCCGUUGGAGGAGUAUGUGUGAGCUUCAAUGGAUGGGCAAUGAAAAAGAGGGGUCCAGUUCUUGUGUCUGUGUUUAACCCCAUUGGAACAGUUAUCUCAGUUGUUUUUUCUGUUAUUACCUUAGGCGACAGAAUUAACCUAGGAAGGUAUGCUGGCCAGAAUCAGUUUUUGAUUAUGAGUUAUGACAACCUUGCUGGUAUGUUCCUCAUGUUUACUGGUCUAUACUUCGUGCUAUGGGCUAAAGGAAAAGAAGGUUUCCCUGACGGUGAUCACCUGGAAAGUGAGUUCGAUCCGCAGAAGCCUCUCUUGGCUUAA